AUGUACCCAGAGAUCGUGAACAUGUGUUCUUCACACAUGUUCAGGGCGUUGAAUCGACCCUCCAAUCCUCCUGCUGCAGCGUUUGCUUCAGAUGAUGAAAAACCCAAGCUGGAUCCUGCAUGGCCACACAUUGAGCUGAUCUAUGAUUUUUUCAAGACGUUUUUAGAAGCUCCAAGCUUUCAGGCGGAGAUUGCUAAGAAAUACAUUGGCAAGGAAUUUGUCACACAGCUCUUACAACAGUUUGCCAGUGAAGAUCCCAGAGAGAGGACGUGCCUCACGGUUGUGUUCUGUUCAGUCUAUCUUGCGUUCGAAGACCUCCAAGAGUACAUGUUUCAUGGGAUUUGUGACAUUUUCUUUCGGUUUGUGCAUGAGAAUGGGCAGCCCACUGGUAUUACUGAUCUCCUGGAACUCAUUCAAAUUAUCACCAAACAAAUAACGCCUCCAUUGUGUGAAGAUGACAGGAUUUUCUUCUGCUGGGUUUUAGUGCCCCUGCACAAACCAAAAACACUCUGGCUCUACCAUCAACAGCUCGUUGAGUGUAUCGUCCAGUUUUUGGAGAAGGAUGCAACUCUAACUAAGCCGCUGGUGCUCUAUCUGUUGAAGCACUGGCCGAAGACGUGCACAUGUAAAGAGCUGCUGUUCAUCAAAGAGCUGGCAAAAAUUCUAGAGUGCAUCUGUGUCUCUGACUUCAAGUUGGUUCAGGAGCUUCUCUUCAAGCAGCUGGCCCGAUGCCUCUCCGGCUCAAAUCAUGUGGUGGCAAAGGCAGCGCUGCAGUUCUGCACAAAGGAGCAUAUCAUCAGUUUUAUCUGUGUCAAUGCAGAGGAGAUCCUGCCCAUUGUGCUGCCUGCCCUGUACCAGUGUUCAAACAGCCAGCUAUAUGAGUAA